UGUUCAAUGGUCCUCAUCAGGCCAUGAUGGCUGGAGGUCAUGAGAGCAGAGUGAUGCUGCCCUUUAGGCGGCGGGCGGCUCCACCUGUGGCCCAACAGAAACUAACGAGGUGGUUCAUCUUCGCUGAGUCACUUUUAUGAUCAUGCUGCCAUCGUCCACUGGGAGCACGCAGGUCACACGAGGAAAAGCCUCAGCAUCGUCCCCACGAGUUGCAUAACAAGCCCGAAGCGAAGUGGGGGGAAAAUAGGUAAAAGGACGACAGAUGAAUUUAUGAAACUUGUGUCUUAAAUUUUGACAAUAACAUUCAUUUAACACAACUUUAUCAGAGCUUUACGAUGGUUGUGUCUGUUUAUCUACAGGUCGUUAUCCGUCCUCCACACUAUCGGCUUUUUAUGGAGGUUUAUAUUGAACCAAAGAUACAAAUCACUGCAGAUAACAAACUAUCUUACAAUCAAUAUUAUUUGUGUAAGGCACAAACAAACAGCACUUACUGAGAGCAGCUGCCUAAAGCAGGAAAACAUAGAUCAGGUUCAAAUGAAGUUCAUUACUGCAGUGACGUCUGAUUCUUUCAAUUAAAGGUUUCAGUAAUUAUACGAUCUGUUUAGGUUUAGGUCAUUCGGGAGCCUCUAUAUCCUGUGUUUUUCUGGUUAGCGGUGAUGCAUCGUGCAGUGCCUGUGUGAAAGCGGCCGUUCGCUCCUCCUGCUGCUGCUGAUGUUUAUCACUGCCAUAAAGACGCGUGGCUCCUAUCGCCCUGUGUUGAAUGUGCCAGCCUGGCGUCCGGGAAGCCGGAGGGAGUUCGUGUCCGCUGAACGUUUCCGUGACCGCAUGACGGGCAAUAAAAGGUCCAAAGGCCGUGGAGACGCAGCGCGGAACAAAAGCGGCGCUCAGGGAGGAGCGGCCGCCCAGUGUUGUCCACACGCAGCGCUGCACCACAGCUCCACAGAGACAGGAGUGAGGAGUGAGGACGCCAUCAUGGAGAUGAAGAGUAUCUUGAAAACUGGCAAAAAGGCGAAGCUGCUGCCGAGGGCGGAGGACGGCAGCACCACCCAGAGCAGCUCCAUCGGCGCCGUGCGCUGGAAUCUGCCCGAGGAGUCGCUCCAGGCUCACAGCUCGGCCCCCAGCAGACCCAGCAGACCCAGCAGACCCAGCAGCCUCAGCAAACACUCGCAGCACCCUCGGCAGAACGGCCUGAAGAACCUGCGCAGCCUGCAGGAGUGCGUGCAGUUCAUCCAACACUGGAAGAAGCAAGUGGAUCGAGUCUGCAAGCAGGAUGGAGGAGAUCCAGACGGGGGUCCCGGGAAACCAGAGGCCCCAAGGGCGCCUUCACACGCUGGGCUGAGCCUGGAGGAGAGCAGGAAGCUGAUCCUGGAGUGGGCCGACGAGCUCCACCACGUCGACAAGGACGCUCCCUGGACGCCUGAGAGUGUAGAGUGCGACAGUAAAGAGGAGCAGGAUGCUAAUGAGGAAGCACAAGUGAGGAUCAUGGAGUGGGCCAAAGAGCUGCAGGCAGCAACUGAGAGCUGCGGCGUGCAGAGCAACGAACUGGGCAAAGUGCUGCAUCUGCUGGGCAUGAAGAGCAAGCGCCUGGUCAACCUGUCCCACCUGCUGGAGUUCAUCACCUGGUCUCUGCUGAAGGACGACGGCACGAACACCAUUCCCCAGUUAUGGCUGCUGGCAAAGCAACGGACCUGGGAGGCAGGGAUUCCCAGAUACAUCCCUCAGUCAGUCUGGACCUGGAUUUGCAGCGCCGCAGCUGACGUGACCCUCGACCCUGUGACCAGCCACCCGUGGCUGAACCUCUCCGAGGACCAGCGUAUGGUCCAGGAGGCGCUCUCCCAGUCGGACCUGGCCCCCGGCCCCCAGCGCUUCGACGUGUGGCCGUGCGUGCUGGGCUGGCAGGGCUUCGGCGCCGGGCGCCACUACUGGGAGGUCGACAUCGCCAACAACGGCUACUGGCGCAUCGGACUGGCGGCCGCGGGCUCCCCGCGCCACGGCCGCUUCGCCAUGAGCCCCAAGGAGGGCUACUGGGUGCUGUGGCGCAGCACCCGCCAGUUCUACGCCUGCGCCCGGCCGGAGGCGCCGCUGCCGCUGGGCCUCGUGCCGCGGCGCAUGGGGAUUUACUUGGACUACGAGGAGGGCCAGAUCUCCUUCUACAACGCGGAGAGCAAGUCGCACAUCUACACGUUCAGCGGGAACUUCCGGGCCAAGCUGUACCCCCUGUUCGCGCCGCUGGACGGACGCACGCUGAUGAGGAUCGUGCCGCCGCGCCCGUCCCCGGCAGAGUGACGGCGCUCGCGGUGUGGAGGUGGACUGACAGAGGCGCCCAGCGUCGUUUUUGUUAGAAAUUCACCCCCUCUUUGAAUCUUGGUCUCAACGCUGAGCUUCUUCAAGGUGCAUGUGAUCAGGCCACAAUAAAAAGCAGCAGACUGCUGUUAAUACAGAUUUUUAUGAGAUCACAAGUGUAAAAACUCAAUAGUUGAGUGAAUAUAGGAAUAUUUAUUUAAAAUGUUUUAAUUUAAUGACUUUACCUGAGUGUGUCAAAACAUCCAACAUAUUAUCUGGACGUAGCAGACCAUCACAUUAUGCACCUAUUUACUGUUCAUGCACGCACUUUAUAAUGCACUUUCACAUAUGCACAAACAGAUGUCAUAUACACUUCAUGACGUGCUGUUUUUGUUGUAUUCAUUUUCAUUUCGUUUUCUCUCAUAAACACUUCAAGGAUCGUUGCCUUUAAUCAUCUGUAUGUUAUAGCAGACGACGUGUAACUGGAGUCACAUGACGUCAUAUAUGAUGUAACGGUGUACUUGUAACGGGGGACAUGUGAAGAACCCUGUGAAUAAAGAGAUAUAAGCUGUGUGGGUGUGUGUGCUGUCAGACCCUCCCUCCUCCUGGGGGGGGGGGGGGGUCUAUUUGCUGCUGAUGUGACCUCACACACACACACAAGUCCGUGAUGCUGAAGAGUUCCACCUUCAAAUCCAAUAAAACUCAUGCAUGACAGCAUCUUUACAAUAAACACUAAUUCAUGUAUGAAAUAGUGUAGAUAUAAUAGUUGUAAAUCCUGACAGUGUAUAUAUGUGUAUAUGUAUAUGUGUAUGUAUUAUAUGUAUUUAUGUACAGUAUUAUCUUGUAAUAAAAGCAAAUGGUUGAGGUUUGUGUUUUCUAUACAUCUGUAUUAGUGUGUUAUUCCUGCAUGUGCUGAUACAGUUCAAUCAGAGCAGUUCGUUAUUUUUAUUUAUUAAAUU